AUGUCGAAUGGCAAUGAUAUAUCACUUUAUAAAAAUAAUUCAAAUAUUCCAAAAUUAAUAACAAUACCAAAGUUACAUCAAAUGAAGAAGGAAGGUAUUCCUAUUGUUUCAUUAACUGCUUAUGAUUAUUCAAUGGGAAAAGAAAUGGAUCAGGCAGGAGUUGAUGUUAUCUUAAUCGGAGAUUCACUUGGGUGUGUUAUACAAGGAAAACAAAAUACAUUAUCCGUUAGUCUUGAAGAUAUUAUAUAUCACACAAAAAUAGUCUCAAAUGGAAUUAAAAGAGCUUUAUUAGUUGCUGAUUUGCCUUUUUCUGUAGGUUUUUAUAUCCAUGUCGCAAACUCUGAGUACCAGAGUUUUGUGGACCUGAACAUUGCAACCCCAAAUUUUCGAACAAAAGUUGCGGACUAG